AUGGAAAAGAAGACAAAGAGGUCACGAGGGUCGUCCCUAACAGUAUUAUUGGACACUCGAUACAACAACAGACAGAAGGAAAAGGAAAUAAAAUUAUUUGAAAAUAUCAAAACGGAUAUCAGCAUUAUCAUCAGUGAGCAAUUGAAGAAGCGAUCGAAAACAGAGUUCGAAUUGAAUAAUAUAAAAAAAAAAUUUUCAUAUUUAAAAUGCAUAUCGGAAGAAUUGGAGAGAAUGAUAAAGGAAGGGAACAGCGAGUUAAAAGUGGAAGAAGAGUUGAUUAAAAAUUAUUUUGAAUACACAACGACAAAUCUGAGUUACGUUUUUAUCAAAUACGAAAAUAUUAUUAGUGAUCUUAGUGACCAGAAUGGAAAUAUGAAUGUGAAAUUAAAAAAUAUAAAAGAAAAUGAGUUACCCAAUUUUGACAGAGCUUACGAAUUGCUGGUGGAAAAAACUGGCCAACUUACCGCCACAAAGGAAAAUAUCAUAAAUAUGCAAAAAGGGGUGGAAAGUUUGAAAAAAGAAUAUGAACAUGUUCAGGUAGAAAUAGAGAUAAAAAGGGAAGAAAAAAAUCAAGUGGAAAAUAAAUACAAAGAAUUACUCUCCAGGAUAGAAGAAUAUAAAAAAGAAUUCGAAAUGAUAAAGGAAAAAUGUAACUCCCAAAUGAGUGAAAAGAAACAAAGUUCGACCGAUUUAAACAAAAUUGAGGAGCAAAUGGAAGAUAUGCAAAAGGAAAUCUCAAGUCUGUCCAACGAAAGGAAGAUCAAAAAUGAUGAACUUCAAAGUUUAAAGGACGAGAAUGACAUCAUCUUAAACGACCUGUAUCGGUGUAAUUCCCAUAUCAAUGACAAAUGCGACCUGCUAUCUGCUCAGAUAAACGAGCUAGAAAAUGAAGUAGCCGCCAUGGAGGAGGAGAAAAAUGAACUCAGCGGAAGUUACAAGCAAUUGGACAUAGGCCUGACUAAUGUAUCCCACUCUUGUGAGGAAAGCAAAAAAGAAAACGAGCAGGAGUCUCUCCUCAUCAAACAAUUAAGUGAUGAGCUAAUCAAGAAGAAAAACAAUUUGAAGCAGACACAGGAGGAAUUUUCACAGAUAAGUGACCAAUGUAAUGAGGUCAAAAAGGAAAAUGAAAAGUUACGAGAUAAUUAUGACCAUAUCCACAGAAGGAUGGAGGAGGUGGGCAUAUCUAUCAAUCAAUGUCAUGCUGCGCUGCAGGCACAUGAAACCGAAUUGGCACACUUAGAGAAUGUCAAGUUGGAAAAUGAAAAAACGAAGGAAGAAAUUUUAAACCUUAUGGAAAAUUCAGAAAAGUUACUCCUUGAGCAAAAAGAUUUUUUUUUCAAAUUGUCAAAACUGUUACAGCUAGUACAUAUGUCCAACGAACAGCUAGCCAAUUUAAAGCGCGAGAGGGAGGAGGAUGGGUCCGAUAACAAUGAUGUGCAGAGGACCUACGAAGAAUUAAAAGCACACUUAACGAAGUUGUCCUGUGAUCUAUACGAAAAAAAUGAGAUGCACAAGUCGCUCCAGAAAGAGAUAGACGAUACUGCUAAGAGGGUUACCGAACGGGAGGAAGAAAUUACGACUCUAGGAAAUGAGCAGGCUGAUUUGCAGCAUCGACUAGAGAUGGUGGCCCAAGAACUAAGCACUCUUCAUCUAGAAGUGGUCAAACAGGAAAGAACUUCGGAGGAUAAAAUAAAAGAGACGAAAGAUGUCCUCGCACAGAAGUAUGAUCAGUUAGUUGAAUCCAUCGCUUCCCAGAUUAAGAACAAGCAGGAUGAACAUAACAAUUUUGUUAAGAAGGGCGAACUGGAAAAACUCGAGUUUGACUUUCAGUUGUUUCACUCCGAGCUGACGGCCACCCUGGAGCAGGAGUGCGAACGGAAGAGGCGGCAGAUCGCCGAGAAGGACGCGCAGCUGAAGGCGUACCAGGAGAGCGUUGUUGACUUGUCCGUCUAA